CUAAUUUGAAGUACAAUACCUCGAAGCGUCAGGUACUGACAGAGAGAACGCUAUAUUGGUUCCAAUCCCGAGUUCUCUAAACCCUCCCUUCCCCGGCUGUUCUCUUUUCCACCUUCUCUUGCGUCUGGAUCAGCUAUCUCAUUAGGUAUCAUUCGAAUUCGAAGAUUCCUGGGGAAGAGCAGAGAGAAUGUCGAAGAAGAAGGCGACGAUGACUCUGAAAGACUUCCAUGGCGGCUCCAUUCCUUCUGAUCUUCCCCUCCCAUCAGCACCAGGCGUAACUGCAAGGCCAAUGAAUGGCCGCGGAUUCGAUAGGCAGAUGCCAUUGAGCAAUCCAGCGGGAAGGUUGGAUCAUAGGCUGCGUCCUGCGUCUGCCGGCUCUGCUAGGAAUCUUGAUGACAACACUCCAUUUUUAAGUCAUUCAACAAAUAUAGGCCAGAAUUUUGAUGAGGAUGAGCGUAAGCCAUUUAGUGGGGUAUCAGGUGUACGCCGAACAGUUGGUGAUGAAAACACUCAUUCUCAAUCCAGUCAUGUACGUAAUAUCGACAGUCAAUCUGGUGCUAAAGUUGGUUCAAGGCCCGCUUCAGGUCCAAUGCCUCAAAUUACAAGUGGUUCCACUGGCAGCAGCUCGUAUGCAGGGAGGGUUAGUGCACCGCAUAUUACGAAAUCAAACCACCAGACGUCUAAUUAUCCAAUUAUUGGUAGCAAAGGGGAGACUGUGGUCGGAUCUCAUCAAAAUGCCUGGGGAUUAAAGAAGGAAGCUGUACCCAUGAAAGAUCCUGUAUCGGCUCCAUGGUCUGCUCCUGAUGCCGCAUUGAAAUUGGCACAUGCCAGUGCUCUUGAGAAGGUUUCUUCUGGUCUGUGGAGCACUCAGCAGCAAGUCCAUCUUUUGAAAAAUGCUGAGGGGUUUGGGCACGAAGAAACCAGGGGAAAGCUUGAGCACAAUGCUAAUACGGCGUACAGUAAAAAAACUUAUAAUAGGAUAGAUGUGGGGAGCGACACUGACCAUUACGAUGCUCCUCUGGCGAUGCAUGCUGAAAGAAGCCUGACUUUUAACAAUGAGAUUCAUGCUGGUGGGAAAGGGUUUUCGUCUUAUGAGAGGGAUAGAUCUGUGAGUAAUUUGGAGCCACAUGAGAAAACUGUUUCCAUUGCUGUGGAUGGAGUUCAGCCACAUCAGCAUCAAGGAAUAUCUGGUGGUACUGAGUUUCAGGCAACAUUGAUAUCGGAGCGACCUAAGUUGAAAUUGCUUCCAAGAUCCAAGCCGGUAGAGAACUUGGGACAGACUUCUGAUUAUAAUCAGGAAAAUAAACAGAGCAGUGAUGAUUAUCAUAUGGAGAAUAAUUAUAUAGUUCAAGAACUUAAACAUCCAGUUCAAUCAGGUGUGGCGGGACCAGUGGCUGCAGAUCGCCCACCAGAGCGCCCCAAGUUGAAUUUGAAGCCACGGUCACAGUCCUUGGAGCAACUUGAAGGAAACGGUGGAGGCAGAAGAGGGACUAUAUUCGGUGAAGCUCGCCCAAGGGAAGUGGUUCUAAAAGAGCGAGGAAGUGAUGAAGAUGUGAGCGCUUAUGAUAGUCAACGUUCCUUGAGGCUGAAGGAUGGAGAGCCAAAGUCUGAAACAUUCACGAAUGCUGCUCCUGUGCGCUACACUGACAAAAAAUCCGAAGCCAUUCCUACUGAUCAGAGAACAGCUAAUUACUUCGGCAGACAAGAUCACCAACUGGAUGGCGAGAAAAACGACUCACAGAGAAGGAUCAAGCAGAAUGAGACAUGGAGAAAUAAUAGAGAUGGGAAACACCACAAUCAGCAACAGAAGCAGCUACAGGACCGAUCUCCGUCACCAGAAACUUGGCGUAAGCCAGUAGAGCAAGCUAAGCCAGCAUCCUCUGGUACACGCCCGCUGCAGUUUGGCAAAGCUGCUUCUGCAGUCGAGCUUGCACAGGCCUUCUCCAAAUCUCUAUCCUCCAAUCCAGCUGCUGCCGAUUGUUUUCCUGGUCCUAAGGGCAUCCCCAAUCGCAGCAGUCAGAUGCCUUUUUCUCGACUUAUGGGGCCCUCACCAAGACCACAGGUUAACAGUCGCUGAAUCAUGAGGUUUGGUUUAAUACCAUAUGCUGGAUUCUCUGCUUGUUGCAUCCUUGGUGAAGUGAUCGAUAGGCAGUGGGUGGGAGGUCCUUGGGGUGGCAAUAUUUAACUCGGGUGGUUGAAAGCUGAAGUGAUCUAAUAAGCCUGCUACAAGAGAAAUCCAGAUACGUGAGCCAAGCUUUUUUUACUUUUUUUCAUAUGUUGGGACAAUCAUGAAAUUCUUUUACGACGUGACUGGUUUGCUCGAAAGUAUAACAAGCACGCAGUGCAUCAUGAUGUUUGAAAGAGUAUCUUCUGGAUGAAAUUUAGGCAUGAAUUUCUUAUUGAUC